AUGUUUCAACGUAGAUCAGAGGUUGGAGAGGAAUAAGGAGAAACUGUCAUAGCACUCUAUUCUCAAUAAACCAAUAUGAGUUACAUUCCUCCUGUUUAUUUAAAAAAUGGUCCAAACUAAAAUAGAUCAUGUACUAAUGUAUGUUGCUGCUUAUUGUUUUUACUGUCCAUUGGAGCUUUGGGAUACUUUUAUUUCCUGACAUACAGUAGUCAACAUAUCGAGAGACUUUACACCCCUGUAGAUUCUGAAGGAAGAGAAUGUGGUUAAGGAAAUUUGAAUAAGUUUCCAUUCAUAUAUUUCGUAACUCCAGAUGAGGUGAGGUUCUUCAUAUAUGGCUUUAGAAAUACCUUUAUAGAACUGUUUGUGUGGAGAAGUGUCCAAAAAAAGAAGAUUAGCAAUUGUUAUGUGCUCCAAAUAAUGUAGUAAAGGACUGCCACAAUAAUGCAAGUCCGUCAGAUCCUGAGAAACGAGUCUUGAUCUAUGAUUCUGAUAAGUAUUCUGGGAACAUCUGUUUGCCAAGAGAUGAUAAUUUCAAAAAAACAGUGUAACCAGCAAUUUUAGUGGGGGAAAUUCAGUAAGCUUUAAUGAAUACCUAAGCCAAUUUGCCAAUAAUUGCACUUAGUGGAGGAGCUGCCUUUUUGUUGGCAUUCUUUUUCACAAUUAUGAUUGGUUUGUGUACCACACUCAUAGUUUAUUUAUUCAUAUUAGUCUACAUCUCUUUAACUGGUUUCCUUAGUGCAUAUUUUCUAUUAUAUUUCAUGAGAUCCCCAUUAGAGUAUGUAUUCUAUUAAUUUUAAUUAGUUUAUUUCCUUAUUUCGACAAAUCAACAUAUGCAUGGAGUCCGUAUAUGUUGGCAGCAUCAAUAACAUUUGCAGUUCUAUGCGUAUAUGCAAUAUUUACAUUAUGUUGGAACCUAAAGAAGAUGAAGUUCAUGAUAUCUCUUGUUAAAUUGGCAACAACAUUCUUGUAUUAAAACAAAUCAAUCAUAAUUGUGCCUAUAGUGUUCUUUUUCUUAGUAAUGUCUACUCUAUUGAUAUGGAUAGCAAGUGCUUUGGCAGUACUCUCUGAACAAUAAAUGGAUUACUCAUAAGAUUCAUAAAUUUAUCCGUUCGAAAAGAUUCAACUCAAAUUCGAUACUAUAAUUAAAUUGAUGAUUACAGUACUAUCCUUAAUUUGGUUAAUGCAAUAUAUCCUAUCUUUGGCCAGAUUCUUAAAUGCUUCAACAGCCACACUUUGGUACUUUCAUGCAUCUUCCAACAAAGGAUUUUUAUGUGAUAGUUUCAAAUUAGCUGUGCAAUACCAUAAUGGUAGUAUAACAGCUGAAGCAAUUUACAGUUUCUUUUUCAGUGGGAUAUCAAAAGCAUUCAAUCUAAUCUAUGUAAGAUUAUAAUUUACAUAAUAGGAUUCACUUAAUAGAUGCAGAUUGAAGAGACACAAUAUUAUUUUGAAUUGUUUUGCCUCUAUUUCUUUGUGUUUAUGUUGUAUUUGUGAGAAUUUCAUUAUGUACAUUAACAACUAUGCUUUUGUGUACAUUGUGAUGACCUCAGCUGAUUACUUUGAAUCAAGCAAAGCAGUUCAUUUUGUAAUUAAAAGAAAUCAUCAAGAUUUUGAAACUCUUUCAGGAUUGGGAGAACAAUUCACUCACUUUAGCAAAAUGUUUAUAUUUCUAAUAACAACUAUUGGAACAUUCAUUUAUGUCAAGGAGUAGACUGAUUUUACACUUCAAUUAUACACUUUUGCAGUUAUUGCAUUUAUUACAUUGUCAAUAGCCACUCUAUUUAUGGAUAUGUUUGGACAAAGCGCAGAUGCCUUACUGCUUACCUACUUUACAGAUUGUGAAGUGUAGAAGUAUCAUUUUGGACUUGAGGAGUGUGGUUCAUGUCCACCAGAAAUAAGAGAUUAAGUCUAACACAUAAGGGAAAAAUAAAAGAUUUACUUUGGUUGA